AUGGCCGAAUCUCUCGCGAGAAUGUCCAACCACUCGACAACCGAGGCCACGAAUGGUGACUCGGAGCAGAAUGGAUCCAACGGAUUCGGUGACCAUAUGCCCCUGAUCGACGAUGAGCAGGAUAGGCUGGAACCGAUUGCUGUCAUCGGACUGGGGGUCAAAUUGCCUCAAGAUGCUUCCUCGCAGGAGUCGUUCUGGCAGAUGUUGCUGGAUGGGCGAUCCGCCAUGACGGAAGUUCCGAAGAACAGGAUGAACAUCGACGCUUAUUAUCACCCAGACAAGCGGCAUGUCGGCACGAUGAAUAUCAGAGGCGGUCACUUCAUUAAAGAAGAUAUCGAGUGCUUCGAUGCCCCCUUUUUUUCCAUGAACCCCAUGGAGGCUGCGUCCCUGGACCCCCAACAACGAUGCCUGUUGGAGACCACUUAUCAAGCCCUAGAGAAUGCUGGCAUUCCUCUUGAAAAGGCGAUGGGCUCGAAUACCUCCGUCCACGUCGGGUCUUUCCACCAUGACCAUGAGCUGCUCAUCAGCCGCGACGCGGAAAUGCAGGUUCCGUACAAGAACACAGGUACUCUGCAGGCCCUUCUGGCCAACCGCUUGAGCUGGUUUUACAAUUUCACGGGCCCAAGUAUCACUCUGGACACAGCUUGUUCGAGCACGUUGCACGCUCUACACUUAUCUUGUCAGAGCCUGCGCCUUCGAGAGUCUACUAUGGGAAUUGUUGCUGGAAGCAACCUCAUUUACGAUCCACAAUCGAUGGUCGGGAUGGCCGACCUCGGCUUUUUGUCUCCCGAUAACAUAUGCCGCACCUUCGAUCACCGCGCCAACGGAUACUCCCGCGGAGAAGGAGUUGCAGUCGUCGUCGUUAAGCCCUUAAGUCUCGCGCUGCAGGAUGGCGACAUUGUCAGAGCAGUCAUCCGAUCAACGGGUCUGAAUCAAGAUGGUCGAACUCCCGGCGGGAUCACGCAACCCAGCUCUGCUGCCCAAGAGCAGCUAAUUCGACAAGUCUACAAGAAUGGUGGACUAAGCAUGGCUAGGACGCGAUAUUUUGAAGCACACGGCACUGGCACUCCAUUGGGGGACUUCAUCGAGACAAGUGCAAUCAGUGCCGCUUUCCAGGAUGUCAAACGAGAUGCGCCACUCAUUGUGGGUGGAGUCAAAACAAACAUCGGUCACCUGGAAGCCACAUCAGGUUUGGCUGGGCUGAUUAAGGCUAUCUUGGUACUCGAGCGAGGUCUGAUACCUCCCAAUAUAAAUUUUCAGAGGCUCAGUCCGAAAAUCAAAGCGGACGAGUGGAAUUUACAGUUUCCCCUUACCGUAAUGCCAUGGCCUGACGCAGGAGUCCGGCGGGCUUCCGUCAACUCCUUUGGGCUUGGUGGAGCAAAUGCUCAUGCCGUCUUAGACGAUGCUUAUCAUUACAUGAAAGCUCGUAAAAUCUCUGGGCGACACACGACACGCGUUAACGGCGAGACGUGCUCACUGACGUCAGGAAGCUUAAGCCCCGAAGGACUGUUGAACAACAAUGGCAUCCGCCAGCCAAUCGUCCGUAAGAAGCCAUCGCUAUUCGUUUGGUCUGCAGCCGAUGAGCACGGCAUAAAGCGACUUGCGGAUGCCUACGGAGCUCACUUUGGAACUAUGAAAGCGGUUCAGCCCGAUGAUGCAUAUCUGGACAAUCUCGCCUACACCCUGUCGGAGAAACGGAGCCAUCUUCUGUGGAGGUCCUUUACCAUUGCCAGCUCUUUGGACGAGCUGUGCUCGAAGAUGGAGCAACUUCCGUCCCACAGCAUGAGGUCUGACCCGAGAAGAUUGGCGUUUGUUUUCACCGGUCAGGGAGCACAAUGGCACGCGAUGGGCCGCGAAUUGUUUGCUUACGAAGCGUUCCGAACCAGCAUCAAGGCUGCAGAUGAUGUGCUAUUAAAGUUGAACAGCGACUGGUCUCUAGAAGCCGAGCUUGGAAAGGACAAGGACCUUUCAAGAGUCGACGACCCUGCCGUGAGCCAGGCGUUGUGCGUGGCUUUACAGAUCGCUCUCGUUGAUCUUCUUCGGUCCUGGAUGGUCGUGCCCUCCGCGGUUGUUGGCCACUCAUCCGGGGAGAUUGCGGCCGCCUAUUGCGCGGGUGCCAUCUCUCUCGAGUCUGCGAUCAGGAUCGCCUUCUAUCGUGGUGUCAUCGUGUCCCAGCUGAGAAAGUCCCAGCCAUGGCCGUGUGGUAUGAUGGCGAUUGGCUUGCCUGCUACACGCGUUCAACAGUAUCUUGACAAGAUCUCCGAAGAUGCAUGUGAUGGGGAGAUAUCUAUCGCAUGUAUCAAUAGUCCGAACAACGUCACGGUCGCUGGCUCCAUCAAGCACAUUGAUACGCUCAAGGCUCUGCUAGACACUGAAAACAUCUUCGCAAGGAAGCUUAAUGUGGAUGUUGCGUAUCAUUCCCGAUACAUGAUGGCUGGUGCAGGCCCUUACAGGAAUCUCCUCGACAAGCUCGAGGCCGGACCUUGCGGAGGAACAUAUCCUCCCAUGGUUUCCUCGGUCACCGGUGAACUCGUUUCGAAUGCAGAGGUCCAGAAGGCGGAAUACUGGACUCAAAACCUUGUUAAUCAAAUCAACUUCUCUGGUGCAGUAUCCUACAUGACAUCACCAGCCUUUGCCCACACGCAAUGCUGGACUGAUGAGGGCCCAAACCAGAUCGACUGUUUCUUGGAGAUAGGUCCGCAUUCUGCACUGCGAAGCCCUCUGCGUGAGAUUCUCACCGAGACCCGUCCGGGCCUGCCUCUUUAUUACCAAUCAAUUCUUCGGCGAGAUCAAUCCGCACUGGACACUGCCUUGGAGGCUAUGGGAACCCUUCACUGCUUGGGCCUUUCCGUGGACAUCUCCAAAGUCAACGGUUUCGGUUCUGCGAGGGAGGUAGGGCUGCUCACAGACCUGCCACCGUAUCCAUUCAAUCAUACCAAGAAAUACUGGCAUGAAAGUAGGUUGAGCAAGAACAUACGAUUUCGCGAAUUCCCACGUCAUGAUCUGCUUGGGUCUCCGGUACCAGACUGGAACCCGCUGCAGGCGAAAUGGCGGAACUAUAUCCGACCCGGUGAAGAUCCCUGGGUCGCUGGUCACAAGGUGAAUGGUUUGGACGUCUGUCCUGCUGCUGGCAUGCUGGUAAUGGCGAUGGAAGCCCUGCGCCAAGUCUCCAAAUCUCGCGCCCGAAUUCGCGCCUACAGGUUCCGAGAGGUGGUAUUUUCCAGGGCUUUGAGUGUAUCCCCAGAAGCACAGAACCUGGAGGUUGAGGUGGAGUUCCAUCUUCGACGCCCGCAGGAUAGCUCAGGAAAACUAUCAUCUUGGAGCGAAUUUUCUCUGUACAUGCUGGACAACGAAGAUUGGGCAGAGUGUUGUCGUGGAUCUAUUUCUUCGGAAUAUCAUGAGGUGACCACAAGUGAAGCUGCAUGGGUUGACCACUCAGACAGCAGCCAUGACGAACUGAGCACCGGUGACAUUAAACGGUUUGAUACUUGUGACAGGCACUUGGACUCCAAACAACUGUAUGAGUAUCUCAGUGCCAUGGGCCUUGCGUAUGGGCCCACGUUCCGAUCCUUGCAAGAGAUUCAGCACGACAAUGCAGGGAAGACUACAGCUGUUGCGAAUCUCCAACACUGGAAACAAGAAUUGCCUGAAGCAAGUCUGGUUCCGCAUGCCAUUCACCCUGCUGCUUUGGAUGCGAUCUUUCAGCUCAUCGUCCCCGCUCUUUCUAGAGGCUGCCGAGACAAAAUUCCGACUUUGGUUCCAACGAGAUUAGACAGUCUCUGGAUUUCUGAUGCCCUGAGUUCUGCGUCCGAUCCACAAGUCCGCAUCUUCACGGAAGUGAAAUCAGAGGGUUUUCGCAAUGUAAAAGCCUCUGCGGUUGCUGUCCAUGUUGCGUCCGGGAAGCCUUGUAUUUCUGCAUCCUGGCACACCUCCGCUGUUGCAUCUCUGGAAAACAGUUCGACGAAAGGAAAUACACAUCAGCGCUUGUGCUAUCAUAUUGACACGAAGCCUGAUCUCGAUCUACUUGACAGAACGGAAGUUGAGCGAUGGUGCUCAACGGACCAAGAUUUGUACAUUCCGGAUGAUACAAUGACAAGGAAGAGGGAUGCUCUGUGCUAUCUCGCCAUGUCACGCCUCUCUGACAGUUUUUCUGGUCGAGAAUCCACCUUAGAGAAGGCAGAAUUGCGCCACUACCUAGACUGGGCCAGAAGCUGCCUGGCUGCGGCCAAGAAUGCCUCUACAGAGUCGUGGAUAGGGCGUAGGAAUCACAGUGUGUACUUCAAUACGUUGCUUGAAGAAGUUCGAGUCUCGGGCCCAGAAGGAAGACUACUCGCGCGAGUGGCAAGCAAUCUGAACCGGAUCUUUCGCGGCGAAUUGACUGCAGUGGACUUGCUUUUCAGUGACAACUCCCUUGAGGACAUGUACAGCCAAGGCCUUGGCGUACCGCAUGUUUUCCAGCAAACAGCUCGAUACAUCGAUGCACUUUCACACAAGAACCCUGCUUUGCGCGUCUUGGAGAUUGGCGCUGGCACUGGCAGUGGAACCGCCCGCAUCAUAGAUGCCCUAGCUAAUCACCCCGGACAGAAGUCGGGUGUCUUUCGCUUCGCGGAGUAUUGCUAUACAGACAUCUCACCAGGUUUCCUGCAGCGUGGCCGAGAGAAGUUUUCUACCUACGCAGAAGCAGGUCAGAUGACAUUCGCCGUUCUGGAUAUCGAGAAGGAUCCUUUGCAGCAGAACUUUGAGCCUGAAGCGUAUGAUCUGAUAGUUGCACUCAACGUCAUCCAUGCAACAACAUCUAUUCAGAACUCCUUGAAAAAUGCCCGAAAGCUACUCAGGCCUGGAGGACAUAUCAUCCUGAUCGAAAUCACCGGCGCCCAUCUUAUGCAGCUCGAGUUCGUGUUUGGGCUAUUCUCUGGCUGGUGGCUCAGCACAGAAGAGCAUCGGAAGAAAGGACCGUUGAUGUCAGAAGAAUGGUGGCAUACACAUUUGAAGGAGAGCGGCUUCUCUGGCGUUGAUGCGGCGCUUCGCAACCACCAGCAUGAACGAUGUCACGUUUAUAGCGCCAUGAUUUCCACCGCUACCGGAGAGCUCUGUGAGAAUUUGCCUUUGGAAAAUAUUGCCAUUGUCGUCGAUCAACAUUCUCACCAGCAAAUGGCACUGGCAGCAAGCUUGAAGGAACACUAUACUGGACGUGGCUGCCGGAUUGUUCCUCUAUCAGACAUAACGGCGGACAGCGUAGCUUCCACGAAUUACAUAUUUCUUCCUGAGAUCGAUGGACCCCUGCUAUACGGGAUAUCGGACAGUAACUUUUCGCUGUUGCAAAAAGUGUUCGCGUCCUGCAAGUCGUUUCUAUGGGUUUCAGAUGGCGCGGAUUCAAGUCCUUUUACCAGUUUGAUACGUGGUGUGCUGAGCGCAUAUCGUGCUGAGAACGAAAGCCUGUCAUUUGCGAUGUUCUCUCUUGCUGAUGGAUGCGUCGGACCCUCGACAGUGGCGAAUAUCGCGAAAGUCAUGGACUCCAUGCGUGAAGGACCGCCGGCGCUCGCUGAGGCCGAGUAUAUAGAACGGGAUGGGCUUAUACAUAUUAGCCGUGUGCUUGAAACCAACGCUGUCAACAAGCACAUCAUUCAAGACAGUGCCGAGUGUAAACCCGAGCCGCGCAUGUUCGGUCAAAAGCCUAUGCGUGCAUUAGAACUCGGCUUCGGACACCCUGGUCUGCUGAACACGCUUCAAUUCUCCGACGAUCUACAAGCUCAAGAUCCAUUACAGACAGAUGAGAUUGAGAUUGCUGUCAAGUACAGUGGGGUUAACUUUAGGGAUCUACUGACCGCCCUCGGGCAGCUCAACGAUACUACCCUUGGUCUUGAGGCCUCUGGUGUUGUAACAAGAGCGGGAGUGGAAUCGGGCUUUGCAGCCGGUGACCGUGUCUGCGCUCUUCUUCUAGGGUCAUUCCGAACGUACGGCCGUUGCAAUGCAAAGCUGGCUCGUCACAUCCCAGAGAACGUGGACCUCCAGUCGGCUGCAGCAUUGCCAGUUAUCUUCUGCACAGCAUACCAUGCGCUGGUAAACCUGGCUCAUCUGCGACAGGGCGAAUCGGUGCUCAUCCACUCCGGAGCCGGUGGGCUUGGGCAGGCCGCGAUCCAGCUUGCUCAACUGUUCGGUGCUGAAAUCUUCGUGACGGUCGGGACGGAAGAGAAAAGGCAGUUGUUGAUUGACUUGUACAAGAUUAACCCCAGCCAUAUCUUCUCCAGCCGAUCGGUUGCUUUUGCUCAACGCAUCAAAAAGCUCACCAACGGGCGCGGUGUGGAUGUAGUGGUAAACUCCCUUGCCGGCGAACGUCUCCGUGCUUCCUGGGAAUGCAUCGCUCCAUUUGGCCGGUUCGUUGAGACAGGGAUGAAAGACAUCAAUACGUUCGGGUCGUUGCCAAUGGCUUCAUUCGCGGAUGACACCAUGUUUGCCAGCAUGAACCUCGUGAACAUCAUGCGCAGAAAGCCAGGCAUGGCGGGCCAACUGAUGGAGUCGAUUCUGGAGCUUGCGGCGGACUCGAAGAUUUUCGCUCCCAGGCCACUCCAGGUAUAUCGACUUGGCCAGCUCGAGGAUUCCCUUCGACUCAUGCAAAGCGGGAGGAACAGUGGCAAGAUGGUGAUUGAAUUCGGCGAGGACGAUAUUGUGCCGACACUCCUAAGCUCUUUGCCGACUUACAAUUUGAAAUCCGACGUGUCAUACCUGAUAGCUGGCGGCUUAGGCGGUCUUGGACGAACUGUCGCUCGUUGGAUGGUCUCCCGAGGCGCACGGCACUUGAUACUGCUUUCGUGGACGAAAAAGGAGGAUGCGGAUACGCUCCGUUUCCUUGAUGAACUGAAGUCAGCUGGGGCAAGCGUUGCUACGCCUAUAUGCGAUAUUAGUGAUAAAGGGUCUCUCGCAGCUAUUUUAGAGGAAGUCAAUAAGACGAUGCCGCCCAUAAAGGGAUGCAUCCAAGCAGCAAUGGUCCUCAAGAACGGCAAAUUUGAUACCAUGCCAAAGGAAGACUUUGAUGCAGUGCUUAAGCCAAAGAUCGAUGGCUCAUGGAACUUGCACGCCCUUUUACCUCGCAAUCUCGACUUUUUUAUCCUCUUCUCCUCGCUCGUCGGCGUUGCGCCCUGCUUUGGACAAGCCAACUACGCCGCUGGGAAUGCAUUCCAAGACGCCCUUGCCCGCUACCGCAUCAGUUGCGGAGAGAAAGCUGUGUCGAUUGACAUUGGUAUGGUGGUCGACGCCGGCUUCGUCGCAAAGAACGUCGGGCUGGCGGAGCAGCUCGCCGCUCGGGGCGCUACGCCCGUGUAUACGGAAGACAUUCUGGGAUUGCUCGAGUACUACUGCAACGACUCGCUCCCGCUUCUCUCGCCCGAAGAGAGCCAGGUCAUCAUUGGCCUCCAGACACCGGCUGCCCUGCGCGCCCAAGGCAUCGAGGAGCCUUACUGGCUGCAGCGACCAGUCUUCAGCUACCUUACCCGCGCCAGAGGGAGUGUUCCCGCUGGCAGUAGUAGCAGUGCAGAUUCAAACGUGGCUAUCGACGCCCUGGGCACGCUUCUUCCUGUAGCCACAACGCUGGAUGCUGCCGCGGCGUUGGUGUGCGACGCGCUAGCAACGAAGCUCGCCAAGAUCCUCGUCAUGGACCGUGCGGACAUCCACGUCAACAAGCCAGCCAAUGCGCAUGGCGUUGACUCGCUCGUCGCUAUGGAACUCCGCCAGUGGUUCCGUAAGGUUGUGCGCGCGGACGUGGCGACAUUCGAGAUUCUGGGUAAUACGCCGAUGGAGACGCUGGCUACGAAAGCUGCCGCCCGGAGUGAGCUUUUGAGGGUAGCUGUAGCCGCCUAA